UUGACACAUCAAUUUAUAUAGACGUGUUUGUUCCUCCUCAAAAUGUAUAUAAACCUGCCGAAUAGCGAAUGAGGACAGUCACAGUGUGCCUUAGGAACAGGAAACAAAAUGAAAUUCAUCAUAGUUCUAGCGACAGUUUUGGCGGCGGCGGUCGCCAUUCCCGCUGACACGUACAACCCCAAGUACGACAAUUUCAACGCAGUCGAACUAUCCGAGAAUACUCGCCUGUUGAAAUCCUACGGCAAAUGCUUCCUCGGCGAAGGCCCGUGUACCGCUGAAGGAGCUGACUUCAAAAAAAUAAUACCCGAGGCGCUCAAAACGAAGUGCGGGAAAUGCACGCCUAAGCAGAAGGAACUGGUACGCAUAGUCAUCCAGGCGUUCCAGACCAAGCUGCCAGACGUCUGGAAGCAGCUCAUGGAGAGGGAGGACCCCAAGGGGGAGUACACCCAGUCCUUCAACGACUUCCUCAGCGGCAAAGUAUAACCAAAGAAUAAAUUAUUUAUUGUUGACAAAUAAAUUUAUAAUUUUUA